GCGGCCGCCGAGACUGACCUUUGCCGGGAGCCCAUCCCGGCAGCCGGCGUGUGCUGCGGGUCCUUGGCGUCCCCUCCGGCGCGCUCUUGGAGCCACUUUCCAGAGCGGAAGUCUGCCUGCUCGGGCUCUGGUGGGGCCUGCUCGGAGGAAUGGCGCCGCCGGGUGAGGCGUUGCGCAUGGCUCAACAGUGGGGCCCCGCGGCCGACACGCCUUGGGGAGCGGGGCGUCGCCCGCGGGAGGGUUCAAGCGCUGUCUUCCUGUUGGCCCUGACAAUCAUAGCCAGCACCCAGGCUCUGACACCUACCCACUACCUCACCAAGCAUGAUGUGGAGAGACUGAAAGCCUCAUUGGCGCGCCCUUUCACAAAUCUGGAAUCUGCCUUCUACUCCAUCGUGGGACUCAACAGCCUUGGGGCACAAGUGCCAGAUGUCAAGAAAGCAUGUACCUUCAUUAAGUCUAACCUUGACCCCAGCAACGUGGAUUCCCUCUUCUAUGCUGCCCAGUCGAGCCAGGUCCUCUCAGGCUGUGAGAUAUCUGUUUCAAAUGAGACCAAAGAUCUGCUUCUGGCAGCAGUCAGUGAAGACUCCUCUGUUGCCCAGAUCUACCAUGCAGUUGCAGCGCUCAGUGGCUUUGGCCUUCCCUUGGCAUCCCAUGAAGCCCUUGGUGCUCUUACUGCUCGUCUCAGCAAGGAGGAGACUGUGCUGGCAACGGUCCAGGCUCUGCAGACAGCAUCCCACCUAUCACAGCAGGCUGACCUGAGGAACAUUGUGGAGGAGAUUGAGGACCUAGUUGCUCGCUUGGAUGAACUAGGGGGCGUGUAUCUCCAGUUUGAGGAAGGACUGGAAACCACAGCGUUGUUUGUUGCUGCCACCUACAAGCUCAUGGAUCAUGUGGGGACUGAACCAUCCAUAAAGGAGGAUCAGGUCAUCCAGCUAAUGAACACCAUCUUCAGCAAGAAGAGCUUUGAAUCUCUCUCAGAAGCCUUCAGCGUGGCCUCUGCUGCUGCUGCAUUGUCCCAGAAUCGCUACCACAUGCCAGUGGUGGUUGUGCCUGAGGGCUCUGCUUCUGACACUCAGGAACAGGCCAUCCUUCGGUUGCAAGUCAGCAAUGCUUUGUCUCAGCCUCUGACUCAAGCUACGGUUAAGCUGGAGCAUGCUAAGUCAGUGGCUUCCAGAGCUACUACUGUCCUGCCUAAGAUGCCCUUCAUUCGUGCGGGGGAUGUUUUUGAGCUAAACUUCAAGAAUGUUAAACUUGCCAGUGGCUACUAUGACUUCUCUGUCAGAGUUGAAGGUGACAGCCGCUACAUUGCGAACACUGCAGAGCUUAGAGUCAAGAUCUCCACUGAAGUUGGCAUCACAAAUGUCGAUCUUUCCACUGUGGAUAAGGAUCAGAGCAUUGCCCCCAAAACUACCCGGGUGACUUACCCAGCCAAAGCCAAGGGUCCAUUCAUCGCGGACAGCCAUCAGAACUUCGCCCUGUUCUUCCAGUUGGUAGAUGUGAACACUGGUGCAGAGCUCACCCCUCACCAGACAUUUGUUCGACUUCAUAACCAGAAGACUGGCCAGGAAGUAGUGUUUGUUGCUGAGCCGGAUAACAAGAAUGUGUAUAAGUUUGAACUGGACACCUCUGAAAGAAAGAUCGAGUUUGACUCUGCCUCUGGUACCUACACACUCUACUUAAUCAUUGGAGAUGCCACUUUGAAGAACCCGAUUCUCUGGAAUGUGGCUGAUGUGGUCAUCAAGUUCCCUGACGAAGAAGCUCCCUCCACUGUCCUGUCCCAGAACCUUUUUACUCCAAAGCAGGAAAUUCAGCACCUGUUCCGAGAGCCUGAGAAGAGGCCCCCCACAGUGGUGUCCAAUACGUUCACAGCCCUCAUUCUCUCGCCCUUGCUCCUACUCUUUGCACUGUGGAUCCGGAUUGGUGCCAAUAUCUCCAACUUCACUUUUGCUCCUAGCACAAUUAUCUUUCACCUGGGACACGCUGCGAUGCUGGGGCUCAUGUAUGUCUACUGGACUCAGCUCAACAUGUUCCAGACCCUGAAGUACCUGGCUGUCCUGGGCACUGUGACAUUUCUGGCGGGCAAUCGAAUGCUGGCCCAGCAGGCAGUCAAGAGGAUCGCUGCAGAGCAGAGCAGUAGAUUGGCAAAAUAUAGGACACUACGAACAGCACACUAGUUCCAGAAGGUUGAAGACCUGACCUGAAGUGGUUGUUGAACAAGGAGUGAAGACGAUUCAUAGUGCGAAGAGAGCAGCGAGGGGAACAAACAGAAAAUGAAAAAGUCUGUUAUUUAAAAA